AUGCUUGCCCAGGACCCCGGGGCGGCUGCCCACUCCAGUGCAGCCCUCUGGAGCGGCGCACAUCUUUCUGUGGCAGUCCGAGGGAGAGGAGCCUCCCUCCUCCAAGCAGCAAGCCAGCAAGCAGCUGCCCCGCUGGCGCCUCGCCCGCCCUGCGCAAAGGCGGCUGAGGCCGCGGCCGCUCCUGCCUGCUCCAAAGCAGCUCGUCUCGCCUGCCCCCUCGGCAGCACGAAGGCAGCUAGGGGCGGCAGCAGCAGGGGGGCCCAGCCAGCGGAAGAACUGGGAGUUUUCCUUCUUGGCCUUCGCUGGAGUUUACCAGGGAGACGGAGGCGGUUUCUUUCUGGGCCCAGUGCCGAUGCCGCCACCCGCAGCCCCCUGCAGCCUGGGCCGAGUGGGUGGCUGAGCGGCCGUCCUGCCCCACCAGGGCCAGCAGCUCCGAGAGCAGGGCUGGGGCCGGGAGGCGUCUCUCUUGCGGCAUGCCGGGCCCUCUCCCAGCCCACACUGAAAGGCCUUUUUGUGCAGCGGGUGGGAGGAGAAGCGGAUUCCUGCAGCAGCAGCCUGACUCCAGCCAGCCUCUCGGGAGGGUCCUUCGCCUGCCAGCCAUGCUGGACUGGACCCUGGCCCCGCAGGACCAUCCUUCCAGCUGCUGCUUCCCCGCUCCCUGUAGCAGAGGAUCCAGAACGGUCAGAGGUGCCUUCCUGGGCUCGCGGAGGCCAGCCGGGGACCCCUGGCAGCCCUCUCCAGUGGCGAGGAGGAGCCGGAGGCGGGAGGCUGCCCAUGUGGCCGGGAGCUGCCAAGGACUAAAUUUGGUUCAAAUCAGGCGAUCCACCAGUUAGACCUCUUGUGUUUCAGACGCUUCCAUAUCUGCCAUCUUGAAUCACAGUGGAUGACAUCAUCAAACUACAAAUCCAGAACACAACCCAACGGAUCCAAUGAUACAAUUAGAAAAAAGGACAUAAGGAAUGAAUAUAUAAACGUAAACUAUGUUUUAAAUUAUGAUGUCAUAUAAACCUAGAGAUAAUGAUGGAUCAUGCAAGGCAGAAAUGCUAAA